AAAGAAUAUCAGCAUUUGACAGUUUUGACAAAAGAGAGUAUUCUCCAGCUCCAAACAACCAAAAUGGCUUUCUUUUCCGCCACCAACAUCCUCUCUCUUCGCUCUGCAAUCCUCAUCAACCCUAGGUUCCUUCCAAUCCACCAUCACUGUAAUCCUCCUCUCAGCCUCUCUCUUCCCCAUAAACCCACCUUUAAUCUCUUCCACAAAACCCCUAAAUCCAUUGUCUCCGCCGUCACAUCCCCAUAUCCAACAUUCUCUAUUGAACCCUCUCCUGGAUUCCCCUUCUCCGACUCAACCAAAUCAAUCACAACCCUCGCGAUUCUAGCUGGGAUCGUAACCAAAUCCCUAAUUCACAAACUCUCCGCCGCGGUUGUAACCUUAUCCCCACAGUUCCAAGCAUCUCUCCGAAUCUCCGGUCCGUUGUUCUUCGCGUCGAUUCGCGACCGUCCCGCUGGUUAUCUCAACACGCCGUUGACAGUUGUUGCCGCGGGUUUAUCCAAGUGGCUUGAUAUUUACAGUGGUGUAUUGAUGGUCAGAGUUUUGCUCAGUUGGUUCCCCAACAUUCCUUGGGAUCGUCAGCCUCUGUCCGCCAUUAGAGAUCUUUGUGAUCCUUAUCUCAAUCUCUUCAGGAACAUAAUCCCUCCUGUAUUUGAUACGCUUGAUGUUAGCCCUUUGCUUGCUUUUGCUGUUUUGGGUACUUUGGGUUCCAUUCUCAACAAUAGCAGAUGAUAGCUGGCCAGUGGAUGGAUCUUAUGAGGUUUUGGAUAUUUGGAGAUUGUUGUUUUCAUUAUGUAUUGAGAGUACUAUAUAGUUGUUGGUUUCAAUAAUAAAAUUUGAGUUCUUGUUUGUGCUUA